CAUGAGCACAUACCAAAUAAAAAAUCACUGAAUAUACAUCACUGAUCUGCAUAUAUGUAUUUACUUUAUAUACUUCAUUGGUUAAAUAAGUAAGAUAGAACAUAUUGAAGUUGGCCGAGUAGAAGAAAAUAUAUAUGUAAAUAUAUACAUGACAUCUCGUGAAGAAUAAAGCACUAUUUCAAGCAUGUCACAAGUCAUAAGUAAUUGUGUUAUGAUGUAAACAAAAACACGUACCAUAGUUGUUAAAACUGAUUAUACAUCAAUUCAACAAAAAUUUAUUUAAUUUGGAGCAAUACCAAAUGGCUGGGGAAAAAAGUAUUCUUAGUCUACGAUUUAAUCAAGAUCAAGGAUGCUUUACAUGUUGUAUGGAAUCUGGUCUUAGAGUAUAUAAUGUAGAACCACUAGUUGAAAAAGCACAUUUAGAAAAUGAUUUAAUGGGAAGUAUAGCCAUUGCAGAAAUGCUUUGGAGAACAAAUAUUAUUGCUAUAGUAGGAGGUGGUAUGAGACCAAAGUUUGCAGAAAACACAGUACUUAUAUAUGAUGAUUUAUCUAAAAAGUUUGUGAUGGAAAUUACGUUUAGUAGCCCUAUUAAAGCUGUUAGAUUACGUAGAGACAAGAUGAUAGUAGCACUUCAACGUGAAAUACAUGUGUUCUCAUUUCCUAUGCCAACACGAAGAUUAUUAACUUUAGAGACAAGAGAUAAUCCAAAAGGUUUAAUUGAAGUUGCUACCUUGGCCACUGCACAAAAACAGCUUCUUGCUUUCCCUGGUCACAAACAGGGUAGUGUACAAUUACUUGAUCUUGGUGCUACAGAAGCUGGAAGUUCUAGUGCUCCUGCAACUCUUGUAGCACAUCAGGGUGCAUUGGCAUGUCUGGCAGUUAACAGUAGUGGGACUAUGAUUGCAACUGCUUCAACACAAGGUACUUUAGUUAGAGUAUGGGACAGUAUACGCAAACACUUGAUAGUAGAAUUGAGAAGAGGUGCUGAUCCUGCAACGCUUUAUUGUAUUACCUUCAGCAGAGAUUCGGAAUUUUUAUGCGUUUCCAGUGACAAAGGAACAGUACAUAUAUUUGCAUUAAAAGACACACAACUAAAUCGUAGAUCUACUUUUUCAAAAAUGAGGUUUCUGGGAAAUUAUGUUGAAAGUCAGUGGGCUUUGGCUACUUUUACAGUACCACCAGAAUGUGCUUGUGUGUGUGCAUUUGGUACAAGGAGUUCUGUUAUAGCCAUCUGUAUGGAUGGAACAUUUCAUAAAUAUGUUUUCACUGCUGAUGGAAACUGCAACCGUGAGGCAUUUGAUGUCUUCCUAGAUGUUUGUGAUCAUGACGAUUUUUAAAAUGUACUAUAACAGUAUAUUUAUAAGAUUCUAUGUCUGUGGGAGUUUCUAGUCACCUUAAGUAUGAAACUUCUUACAGCAGAUGU